AUGUUAACAGGGAAGAAACCGCACUUAGGGGACCUACCAGUCUGGGGGACCAAGGUAUGGGUACAUGACCCAACCGGUUCCAAGCUAGAUAUGCGAGCACACAUGGGUCGGUGGAUAGGCUUUGAUGUGGAAAGUGGGGUGCAUAGAGUCUAUUUCGAGGAUCACCGGAAUAUCGCCGUCGAACGCAACGUCUCAUUUGACAGAUGA